AUGACAGAGAUCCAACCAUUGCCAGACGAUGAGAAAGAUGACGUUGUUUUCAAGAUACGUGGAACCGUCGGAAUGAUCCAACUAAAUCGACCAAAGAAGCUGAAUUCGCUCAAUGGAUCGAUGAUACGAAAGAUUAUCCCAGUCUUGAAGCGAUGGGAAACGUCUGAUCUAGUGAACUGCGUGGUUAUCUCCGGCGCAGGGGGAAAAGCUUUCUGCGCAGGCGGAGACGUCGCAGCCUUGGCCCUACAAAACAUCAAAGACGGACCUCCAGGUCAAAGAGAGUCCACGGAAUACUUCGCGGUUGAGUACAAGCUUAAUCAUCUGAUAGCGACCUACACAAAGCCGUACAUCGCCAUCAUUAACGGGAUCACCAUGGGUGGGGGCAUGGGCCUUUCCUGCCAUGCGCCCUUUCGGAUCGCCACAGAGAAGACUCUUUUCGCGAUGCCCGAAACGGACAUUGGGCUCUUCCCUGACGUUGGCGGCGGAUUCUUCCUCUCACGAUUAGACGGCGGGAUAGGCCCCUACCUAGCCAUAACCUCCAGUCGAUUGAGAGGCAUCCAAGCCUACUACGCCGGCGUUGCAACCCACUACACGAAAUCUUCCACCAUUCCUGACCUCGUGGAUCAACUUGUAACAGUGUGCGCAAAGUCACUGACUCGAGAAAUGUCGUGUCCAGAACGACUCAAAGUUCUCAACGCCUUUCUUACCCAAUACUCGACGUCAACACCCCACGACGACCCAAUUCAGCUUGCAGGAGAAUUGCGUUUGUGCAUCGACGAGGUUUUCAGCUUGCCCACCACCGUCUCCCAAAUCCUUGAUCGUCUUGCGGCCAUUUCUGAAGACGGCGCCUCAUCCAGACCCAAACUCCUUCGUGACUGGGCCGCAAAAACUCGCCGAGCGAUUGUGGAAGGCAAGAGUCCGACGUCGAUGGCUGUCACCCUUCGUCAGCUUGAGUUCGCGCAACAAUGGGACAUCAAGGAGACGUUCAAAAUGGAACACAUCGUCGCUGCUACUUUCAUGAGGCACCCCGAUUUUGUGCAAGGGGUCAAGUCGAAACUCAUUGACAAACCCGCCUCGAAGCCCACAUGGGACCCGCCGACUGCAGGAGAGGUUCCGAACGGUGUGGUCGACAAGUUUUUCCAACGUCCAACUGGGCUACCAGCUUUGAAACUAUUUGAUGAGGAGCACAGAGAAAAUUAUACUCAGUAUCCUCAUGCGUGGACGGCGCUUCCGUCAGAGACGCGCAUCCGGGAGUUGCUGAAAGCAGUACCGAUGGACGACUCGCCAGCGCAAACACUUCGCGAAAUCGCCAGGCAACUGGGCAAGGACACUGGAAACAUCGCCGGCGUGUAUCUAAAGGUUAUGGAUGUGUGGUCUAGAGUAAAUAUGCCUCGAGUCGCGGUGUGA